AUGUCCCACUCAACUACACCCACCCAACCGACAACUAUGGUACAGAAUGAAACUCCCCCAUCUUACCAGUCGAUUUUUAUGCUUGAAUCUGAGAUCCCAGUCUUUAAUGUCGGAUAUCGUUUAUGGGAAGAUGAAGCAUUUGCUGUCCUGUGGGCUUUCAACAUUCCAGAAAUCAGUCAAGUCAUCCGCUAUGGCCUGUUCCGGGAUGUCACCUUUCCCCGAAAUUCACUUCUGAGCCGUAAUGCGGACACAAUUGAAGCCUUUUUGAUGACAUUGUCUGUUCCGGCUGAGCACCAGUCUCUCAUGACACUUUCGCAUGUGCAGAAGGUGGAAGAAAUCUUGCGCCGCUCAAGUAUACCUCCCUUCCGUGAGGUUCCUUGGAGUUGGUUUCCUCCGCUACCAGGGCAUUCUCUUGACGCCCGUAGCAUUGCGGCGGACAUUGAGACAGAAAGUCAUUUCCAUUUCUGCAAGAUUGAGUUCGAGGAAAUCGUACGUGCAUCUCUGGAUUACAAUGCACCCUCCGUAGAGUGGUUUUUGUUGCAGCAUACUGCUCUGUACAUUCAUCUUAUGGAUCAUCUGCAAGCACAUCCUGAGGAAAUUCCCUUAUACCUAGAGGUGGAGAAGCAUUUACGAUCACGGAGCCCCUUCGCUCGUCGCGCUUUGGUACAUUGUUUGCAAACAGUUGUACCAGAAACCGCCGUAACUAUUCCCGAUUCAAAGAUGCCGGGAUUCCAAUUUAUUGCUGGUCCGAUUCAGAGUCUGUUCAUGGAUCAACCUCCUGGUUUAACGACCAUUCUCAAGGUGUUUAGCGUGUUGGCUGUUCGAUUUCGUCGACAGUAUAUCCAUUCUUCGCGAAUGGACUGGUAUACCCAAUUCGAUAUUACGAUCUCAUUUCUUGAAGAUUGCCGCAACUCGACUUCUGCAAAGGAUCUUGCUCGUGUUCUCACAAGUGUCGAUGAAGUGGAUUUCGCACCACUUUCCCGACAAAGCAUCACUACCGGCGAUGUCAUGACGAAACGUAUAGCGACCAAUUGGAAUAAUCUUAGCCUCGCCGUUUGGGAGUGUUGCACUGCAAUUCCGGAUCUAACUACAUACCUUAGAGAUUGCACGCAGGCAAGUUUACUAAAUGCAACCCCUCAGAACAAGACAAAAGAAAACCCCACCUCUAAUCGUGAUCAAAAUCCACAGAUACUCUUAAUGAAACGAAAUUACCACUCUCUUACAGCCAUAGUUGAUGGCCUCCACAAGUACGCCAUCUCAACCGCCCGGUCAAGAGGCCUAAACAGCACCGUCGGCGGCAUGGUCGUGCUAGACCCUCUCCUCCCACCAGUCGCCGUAUUCCUCACAAACCCAGCCCAGAACUACGCAUCUUAUCGCCAGUACUACGGACAGUACCCGGGCAUCCCGUUUCUCCUGCCGCAUAUCCGGGAAUUCCAGCAGAAAGGCGAAUCAGGCAUUCAGCCUCUCCUCGAUUACAUACAAGAUCCAUUCGCAGCCAAAGGAUAA